UUAUAAUGAAGUUUGUAGAGUUUCAGAUCCCCGGCCACGUUUGACCGGGUGCGCGCGUCAUGCCUCCUUUCUGUUGACGGAGCUCAAAGCAGGCUGCCAUCAUGGAUCAGACGGAGAAGGCUUUCCAGAAGCAGCCUACUGUCUUCCUUAACUCCAAGGCAAUCCGAGAGAAGGGCGGCAAAGCCAAGCGCCAUCUGCGCAAGGUUGGCCUGGGCUUCAAGACCCCUAGAGAGGCCAUUGAGGGGACCUAUAUUGACAAGAAAUGCCCAUUCACUGGAAACAUCUCUAUUCGUGGUCGUAUUUUGACCGGUGUGGUGCAGAAGAUGAAGAUGCAGCGCACCAUCACCAUCAGGAGAGAUUACCUCCACUAUGUCAGGAAGUACAACAGGUUUGAGAAGCGCCACAGGAACAUGUCUGUGCACCUGUCUCCUUGUUUCAGGGACGUUAAGCCUGGAGACAUUGUGACUGUGGGUGAGUGCCGCCCACUAUCCAAGACUGUUCGCUUUAACGUUCUGAAGGUCAGCAAGGCACCAGGCACCAAGAAGCAGUUCCAAAAGUUCUAAUAAUAAAGAAUAGUGUAAA